CGUCAUCUGUUGGGUCCGGUACAGAGAUGGAGAGUGCAGACGUUGAAGACUUCAUUGAGCAGAACCUGCAUCUGUCGGACCUCGUUGAGACGUUUCGCAGCAUCUCAGAGAGCAACAAACACUGGAAGAGCAGGAGAGAGUUUAUCUUCAGAAACAUCAACGACUAUGAAGAUCCUCAUCUUGAUCAUCUGCUCGCGCUCUCCAUGGUGUGGGCGAAUCAUGUGUUCCUGGGCUGCAGGUAUAAUCCAGUGCUGCUGGAGGAAGUGAAGGUGAUGGCGGAGGGGAUUAUUGUUGAAGAUGCUCCUGUUUUUAAAACCAGAGAUGAACUCAUCAAACAACAGCAGAAGAGGUGAUUCCUGGAGGACUCUAGCAUCAUUAAACCUGCUGAAUGUGGAACAUGGGAAGAACAUUUGAGAACUGUGGACACUUUUAAUUGACCAACCUGGAAUGGCAAGCUUUGACUUGUACUGGUUUUCCCUCUGUGCAUGCAUGAUUGCCCAUUUUUUAAAUACCUUUUAAAUGUUUCUAUUUUUAUAACUUUUUACUAUAGUUGUUUUUAAGCUGGUUUAUUAGCCAUGCUGUGGACGUACUUUCCUACAUUAAAAUGAACUCAUUCAUUAACGAC